CAAGUGCAGUGGCUCCUACUGGCGCGCCCCUUACCACCACCUUUCUCCCCCGCUCUCUCCCAGUCCCACACACCCGGUCGGCUCGUCCAAACAUUACCAUAUCCAUUUACCCCUAAAGAUUUAACCACAUAAUCGCAAAUCGCACAGGACCGACGAUCGGACAACAUGGCCUCUGGUGUCACUGUCAGCGAUGAAGUCAUCAAGGUCUUCAAUGACAUGAAAGUCAGGAAGUCAUCCUCUACCGAAGAUGUAAAAAAGCGUAAAAAGGCUGUGCUGUUUUGCCUCAGCGAUGACAAGAAGAAGAUUGUUGUGGAAGAGGGCAAGUGGAUUCUGGUUGGUGACAUUGGGGAGUCGGUGGACGACCCAUACGCCUGCUUCGUCAAGCUUCUACCUCUCAACGAUUGCAGAUACGGCUUAUACGAUGCCACAUACGAAACAAAAGAAUCCAAGAAAGAAGACCUGGUAUUUAUAUUUUGGGCACCUGAGGGUGCUCCCUUGAAAAGCAAGAUGAUCUACGCUAGCUCUAAAGAUGCCAUUAAAAAGAAGUUCACAGGUAUCAAACACGAAUGGCAAGUCAACGGAUUAGACGAUAUCCAGGACCGCGCCACCCUGGCAGACAAGUUGGGAGGAAACGUGGUGGUAUCACUCGAAGGGUUACCAUUGUAAACGGAAAAUACUACGUGCCAUCUGGAUUCCAGACACUUUCACCUUAGCAGUUGUGUCUAUAUAAUUUGAUCCUAAAGGAAUAGCUGUAGGCUUUUAUUUUGUUCAGUUUUUAUUAUAAUUUUUUUUCCACACAAAGGAGAUCUCAUUAACAUAUGCAAAAGCCUACAAGUUAUUUUGCCAGCUGACCUCUGCAAAAAAAAAAAAAAUCCUGGUAGUUUUUUUAUUUUAUUUUUUAUUUUUACCUUCGAGGAAUGUUCACUCAUCAGGUGUUUUGCCAAACAAAUAUGUACAGCAGCACCACACUACCUGAGAUUAAUAACACUCCCAAAACAAAAAGUUUAGCACUGUUUUUGCAUUCUUUGCCACCUAAACAGUGAUGACUAGAUGCUCAGUAGAGUAGGAAAAUGUGAACGCUUUCUAUAAUGCCUUGACAGUCAUAUUCACUGCCCAGGUUACAGCUAAAAGCAAGUAUUUUGCACUAAUUAGGUUUUUCAUAUGACUGACUUAUUUAUUUGAAGUGUUCUAUCGUAUCCAAUAUGUUAUUCGACCUGGCAAAACACGUAAUAGACUAUGCAUAUAUGAAGCACUUUUUUGUUUAUACACUACAAGUUGAGACAAAAAAGUUUCGAAUAACUAUAUAGAAUAUCUAUAUUUAUGUCAACUAGAGAUGUUACCUCAGUUUUCAUUCCUGUUAUGCAUAUGGACAAGAACAGAUGAGUAUUUGACUGUUCAAUUGCCGCCUUACUUUCAUUUGAAUGUACAGUACACCACUGUAAAAAGGAGGGGUGGUGGUUGCAUUUUUUUUUUACACUAAACAAAAUAAGUCAAAUAUAUCAGUAAAGAUGGCAAUAUGUGCAUUUGGAGCAUUAAGUGGAACAUUGUUUUUGAGAUCGGGCGAGGAGGUUGCCACUUUGCAAUAAAACCUUGUGGCAGAUAACAGAAAGAAGUGUAUUGUGUUCUGGGUUGUCUGUCUGAGUGUAUCUGUUCAUUAGGAGGGCUGAGAAGCAAUAAAGAGAUACAUUCAUGAUUUCCUCUAACAGGAAAUAGAAAGAUCUGGUC